AUGGUUUGGGGAACUUGGUGCAGAGUUCAAUUCACGAAGGAAUCCGGUCAUCCAAAGUCUUUGGAGUUCUCUCAAGACCAUCCUACCUCUCCUGCAGGGGCUGCAAUUAUGGUACCUGAUUGGCUGGGUUCAUUCGGUGCUGGAAUGUUGGCCCGGAAAUGUUUCCGUUUGAGACAGGUCGAGGGACAUGAAGGACAGGCCAAGACACGAAAGUCUAAGAUCCAAAGGUUCUUGUCAGAGGAGGUGGAAUUUCGGCGAGACAUAUUGAGGGACAACUGCUCACCCACCAAAGGACGUCCCUUCUUCUGA